AUGAGGGACGGGGAGGUGAGGCAUGGGGAGGUGAGGGAUGAGGAGGUGAGGGAUGGGGAGGUGAGGGAUGGGGAGAUGAGGGAUGGGGAGGUGAUGGAUGGGGAGGCGAGGCGAUGGGAGAUGAGGGAUGAGGAGAUUAGGGAUGGGGAGGCGAGGCAUGGGGAGACGUGUGAUGGGGAGAUGAGGGUUGGGGAGGCGAGGCAUGGGGAGGUGAGGGAUGGGGAGGUGAGGGAUGGGGAGGUGAGGGAUGGGGAGGUGAGGGAUGGGGAGGUGAGGGAUGGCGCUCCACCUGGAAAUAAACCGCUGCCUUGUCGUACGUUGCAUGCGCUGGCUCUAACUCUAGCCUGA